AUGAGUUUGUCCGGCACCAGCACUGAGUCGGAGUUUUCCGAGGAUGAGCAGGAGGGCUGUGCGUCAGGCUUGGAGGUUUCAGACAGUCCCAGUGAAGAUCCUUUGAAUAAGUUCUCAACUGCCUCAGAAAGCGAUCUCAUGGAGAUCAGCGUUACGAAAAAGCGAAGACGGCCGGCUCGUUCCAAAGCCCGUAGGGUUGCCGCAAAUGUCCGAGAACGCAAGCGCAUCCUGGACUACAACCAAGCCUUCAAUGCAUUACGCGUGGUGCUCAAUCAUGACCUCAGUGGCAAACGUCUAUCCAAGAUCGCAACUCUGCGCCGGGCCAUCCAUCGCAUUUCAGAACUGUCUGCGCUCUUACACUCAAACUCACAAGAGGAACCAGAUGCACCAUCAUGCAUCCAUCCUGAGUGCAACAUGAGGCUGGAUGACACCCGACGUGAGGAACUGUCAGAGAACUGGUCAGACACCCAGCACCAAGCAAAGCUCCACAGACCUCCUCAGCAUUCUUCAUUGUUAUCUGGAGCUCUUGGAAAAACAUCUCCAUCAUCUCCUGCAUACACAUACUGCCCAGAUCGUCUGAGCCAUCCCUGCUAUCACCAAGGCCCUGAAUUUCAGUUCGGCUUUAAGCGCAUGGAAAUGUUUUCGGAUGCUCCAGCCACGCCUUUACCCUGGCAGUGGCAGUGCUCGGGAUUCCAGCAGUCUCUCAGUAUGCACUGA